AUGCCCACCAUUUUCGACACCGACCUCACUACCGUCGUUGAUAUGACGAAAGCUAAGAAUAUCGCUGUGCACAAGAUUGACAAGUCGAUCUGGCACCUGCAAGACUCUAACCGCAUACUCAAAAGAGGGCCUAAUGUAAAGGUCGCAGAGGCAGAAGCUUUGCGGUUUGUCGCCUCGUCAACCAAUGUGCCUGUUCCAGAGGUGUUUGGCGCUUACGAAAGAGAUGGCUUUGGAAACAUUUUUAUGUCUAGGGUUAUUGGAACACCGCUACAUGACGUUCUGCAUACCUUUGACGAGGCACAGGUGGAAACAGUGACUGCACAACUUUCAGGAUUCGUUCAGAGCUGGAUGGGUCUACGUGGUGACUUUUUUGGGUCUAUGGGCUCCAAACCAUGUCGAGAUGUCUUUUUUCAACAUUUACCUGCUGCAAACAUGCCAGACCGGGAAUAUGGCCCAUUCAGGUCGCGUACAGAAUACUGUGACGGGCUUAUCGAUGCACUUCGAAAUUCCCGGCCUUAUGGACGAUUCGAUGCCAAUGAUGCACACCUAAUAGAAAGAAUCCAGCGCCUUGGGGACGGAUGCGCUGUAUUCUGCCAUGGAGAUCUCACCCCAGACAACAUACUCGUUGAUGACCAACUCAAUGUGGUUGCUAUCCUAGAUAUGGGAGUUUCAGGGUUCAGUAUCCCUGAACGUGAAUACUUCGAAGCAAAGUCGCGCGCUCGUAAUUCUUUGUGGUCUUCUAUGAUCGAUCAGAUAAUCCCAAAGAUACCAGAUGACACUUAUGCCUUACUAUUAGAACUCGAGCGUGAGCUCGUUCGAUAUAGUGGACUAUGA